AUGGCUUCCGUUGCAGAAAUGACUCCUCCCAGCAACCCGACUUCAGCUCCUCGUGGUAGUUCCGUCGAGUGCGAGAGCACUCCCCUGUACAUCAUGGACAGUGACCACGCCGUGUUCAAGCACUUCAAGGUUGCUGUGGGUGUGGAUAACGCCCUCACCGCGUCCAAGUCGGCGCGUGAUGGCGUCAAGGCGGUUUACGAGGACAAGCAGAAGGCCCGCGACAACAAGCGAUCGGCGGAGCGAUCCGCUAUUGCCGCGGUUUCCAACUCUGCGGGCGCGCCAAAAAAGAGUCGCAUGACGGACUUCUACGGCGAUGAAUCUACGUGCGCUAAGAAGGAGGCGGAUGACUCAAUUUGCCUUCUCUUCGCGGCCCUCCGUCUUCCCGAGCAUCAUGCAGACCACCCACUGUGGCGCAACGCGGUUUCCUGCAUCGCACGCGCGGGUGGUUCAUACACGCCACCGAAGCGACGCUUCAUCGGAGGAGCCGGCCUCCGAAACUGCCGGCAACACAUCGAGGUCGCUCUUGCGCCGAUCGCCGCAAGCUGGCGCCGUAACGGCGUCACCAUCGCUUCAGACAUGAUGACCGACGCCUCGGGCCGCCCACAAGCAAACGUGCUGCUCAUAAACGACAGCGGCGCCGUCUUCACCGAAGCGGUCGACACACAGAUGGAGGUGAAAACAGGCGGCUACAUUGCGGGGAUGUUGAGGCCGAUCAUUCAAAAGGUGGGAGCCGAGAACGUGGUGGCACUCUGCAUGGAUGGAGGCUCGAACUACGCUGCGGCAUGCCGGGAACUCAUGGUGGAGUUCCCACACCUCGAACAAGUCCCGUGCGCGACCCAUGUCCUCGAUCUCCUCAUGGAGGACAUUGGGAAGAUGAAUUGGGCGAGGGUGGUGGUCACGCGGGCGGCCGAGAUCAUAAACUUCGUUCGUAGCCACCACUUCACGCGUGGCUACUUGCGGAGCCCCCUCGUCAACGACGGCAAAGGCAAGCAGGUUCUCAAGCCUGCGGGGACCCGCUUCGGGACCCAGUUCAUCGCGGUCUCACGCCUGGUCGAGCUCCGCAUGUCUCUGCUGCAGAUGGUCUUGAGCGAGGAAUGGCGGCCUUGGGCGACAGGGGGAAGGAGGGCGAGCGCGGAGGUGUUUCACGGGUACAUCCUCGACUCGGAAUGGUGGAAGGUGGCCGAAUUCUUCACGGUGCUGAUGGAGGCUCCCUUCAAGGUGAUGUGCGCCACGGACGGCACCGCCAAAGGGAUGAUGGGGCGGCUUUACGACUUGAUGCUGCAGCUCACCGAGGAUGUGCACGACAUCCUCGAGGCGAAGGGCGACGAGUUCCUGACGCGGGGGGAGAUGGGGGAGAUCAGGAAGAUUGUGAAGGCAAGGUGGGAUGAGGGUUUGGCAUGCCCCAUGCAUGUGGUUGGCCGAAUUUUAAACCCGGCCAACCAGGAGGAGGGCAUUUUCCGCAACGACGUGGAGUGCACCCGUGUUCUGAAAGCCUACAUCUCCAAGCACUACGACGAUGUCACCAUCACAAGCAAGGAUGGUGAAGAGCGUCGUGCCUCCCUUGUCUUGCAGGAAGGGCUCACGGCAUUCCUGAACCUGGAGGGGAGUUUCGGCAUGCCUGCAGCGAUUGCUGAUCGCGAAGCUGUGAAAGCAGGGACCCACACUGCUCUCCAGUGGUGGGAGUGGCACGUGACGGACUACCCUCACCUGGCGACGCUCGCAUGCCGCUCGCUCACGCAGCCCGUGUCCGCCUCGUCGUGCGAGCGGAAUUGGGCGGUGUGGGACGGGGUGUACACCGCCAAGCGCAACCGCCUUGGCUCUGAAAAGUGCCGGGAUUUGGUGUACGUUGCGCACAACUGGAAAGUUGUGCACAACUGGUACACCGUCCCGGAGGGCCAGGGGGUGGUCACGGGCAACAUUGAGGCCCCUCCCCUUCCCGAGGGGUACAAGGUGGCAGAAGAGGGGUGGGAGGAGGAGGCGGACCAGGGGGAGGAUGUCAUCAUGAACGAUGAGUAUGAGUAG